UUGUUUGGAUCUGAUCCUACCCCAAAUUCUCUGUCUGUUGUCGAUAGUGAGAAUCGCAGAUGUUCAUUUGCGUAUACGUGACGUUCGUCUUAGUGUCCAGUUCCGUUAGUUAAUUAUUUGAAUAUUUGCAAAAUGUGUGUCGGGAGAAUUGUUAGUGAAUUUGAAGUAGAGGGUUCACAUAAGUUCGUUAACGGCAAGACCAAACCCAAUAAAGCGGUUUUGAAAAAAAUUCAAAAGUCUGCCAGAAAACUUGAAAAAUCGGUUUCCAUGGGAAAUCACAAGGAGUAUACAGAAGAUUUGUUGGCUGUGUCCACACGUUAUACCAAAGAAGUGUUUGCAUCUAUACAAAACGAGUACAAUAAGUUUACGAAAUCCAGUUUUUAUAAGAUUCUUGUCUACACAACUCAACCAGCCCAUUUGAUAACGGCUUUAUCUGUGAUUUGGAUCGCAUUUUUGAUGGUCCCCAGUAGGAGUCAAACCCUAACAUCACCAUUGUGGAAUUUAGUGUAUUUGGGUUCAUUUGCAGCACAUUUUGGUGCCCAAAUAUGGAUGACUUUCGUGUCUGGACUUGCUCUCUACUUCACGCUACCAAGGCAUAACUUUGGUGCAAUUCAACAAGUACUGUUUCCCAAAUACUUCUUGAUGAAUUCAGUCUUGAGUUUAGUUUGUCUUGUCAUUUUCCUGAGAACCAACAAUCACAAGUUAUGGGAGAAGGAUAAUAUUAUUCAGGUAACAGCACUGUCAACAUGUUUCAUGGCCGAACUCGUCAUACGUCUUUACUUAACUCCACCACUACUGAGACUCAUUGUCAAGAAAACGAAGAUAGAGAAGAAAGCCGGAGUUGGCAUGGAAAUAGGAAAGUUGAACUUUGCAGGACUCAAAGAUUGUCCAUACUACAUGAGUAUACACAAAACUUUCAGAAAAAUUCAUAUGACGAUUGCAAUGAUGAAUUUAACUGCAAUGGCUUGUACAACUUUACAACUGUAUUAUUUAUCACAUAAGUUAUGUGCGAUAUAGAAAUAUUUCUUGUUGACAUUGCCGAAGAAUAUAGUCUAGUCUAGUAAUGUCAGAAGGAACUUUCUUUCUCCUGUUCUUGACGGAACAGUUUGAGAAAUGGAAAAUCGUGUUCAUGCAUAUUUUGUAUAAAGAUAGACUGAGAGUUUGACUAGAACAGUUUCUAUAUCACAGCACCUGGAAACAACCAGCAGAACAUUCUGAGUUUUUGAAUCCAUUGUUCCUUACUAUGUUGAUUUGCCAGUAUUGUUCACAAGAAACCCAUAUAUUCUGGAAACAUGCAUACGUGAUAAUAAAAAAGUUGGCUUCUUCA